GUGCUCCGCCACCGGGAAGACCAUCGGUAGCCCAUUUUAAAGUGGCCACAAUCGAUCAGCCCUUCAUUAUAAAACGAAUGUCCCGAACUGACGGUACAAUCAGUGUGUGCUCGGUGGUCCUUUCGGCAGGGUGUAUCUUUGACGUGUGUUUUGAAAAUGAAGUCUCAAACGGGAGUUCCACAGGGGGCAGUUGUGCGCUUGGUGACAGUUUUCCUAGCGCUAAUUGGAUGUUGUGCAGUGACCGCCAGCCAUUCGUACCGUGGCUACAAACUCUAUUCCGUGCAACAAAACAACCAGCAGCAGGUAGACUUCCUGCGCGAUCUCCAGCAAUCCGUCGAUGGUCUUGACUUCUGGAAACUUGAUCGGCUGGUCGGUUCGGAGGCACGAGUUCUGGUACCGCCGACAGAGCAGGAUUCGUUCAAGCUACUGCUCGACUCGCAACAGUUGCGCCAUCGAGAAUUGAUUCCCGAUUUUGGAAGAGUACAGAAUGAACAUCUGUUCACCUCAAAACGAGUAUCCCCGUCAACUGGCCUUCCGCUGAACAAAUAUCUCCGGUACAACGAGAUGGUUGAUUACAUCAAUUCCCUUGCCCGGAAAUAUUCCGACCUGAUGACCGUUUCCGAGAUCGGUAAAUCGCACGAAGGUCGUUCCAUUCCGGCCGUUACGAUUCGCUCACCCGCCACCUACCGAAACCACUCUCAACCCGUAGUGUUCGUCGACGCCGGUAUUCAUGCCCGCGAAUGGGCCGCACCAGCAACGGCCAUGUAUCUGAUCAGUGAGCUGGUGGAGAAUGGUGCUCAGCAUAAGGAUCUUCUCGCCGGGCUCACCUGGGUCAUCGUUCCAAUCGUAAACCCGGACGGGUACGAGUACAGUCACGAGCGGGAGCGACUUUGGCGCAAGACACGCCGCCCAGCUGGCCGGAACUGUUUCGGUAUCGAUGGCAACCGGAACUACGACUUCCACUGGGCGGAGGUGGGCGCUUCCGAUGCUCCCUGUGCCGAAACGUACCACGGCGAGAAAUCGUUCUCCGAGCCGGAAACACGUGCCAUUCGGGAUGAGCUAUUGCGGCUGAAGGGUCGCUGCAAGUUCUACCUGUCGCUGCACACGUACGGCGAAUAUCUGCUGUAUCCUUGGGGCUGGACAUCGGAUCUUCCCGAGGGUUGGGAAAAAAUUGACGAGGUAGCGCAGGCCGGUGCGCAGGCUAUCCGCGACGCUACCGGCACGGUGUAUACCGUCGGCAGCUCGACCAACGUGCUGUACGCGGCUGCCGGUGGAAGCGAUGACUACGCGUUUGCUGUCGCGGGCGUACCGAUAUCGAUGACGAUGGAGCUACCGGGCGGUGGUUCGGCUGGCUUCAAUCCACCCCCGUCACGCAUCGAGGAGAUCGUUAAGGAAACGUUCGUCGGCAUCCGGGCAAUGGCACUGGAGGUGGCGAAAAGCUAUAACUGAUGCCUCUGUUGGACGAAAUGCAACAGGGAGUCGUGUAGUGUAGUGUAAGCGAUGGAAGUUGUCGUAGCGUUAUUAUUUAUCUGUACAAAGUGUGGGACCGAGACCGAGCGGGAUAGUGUCUGAGCGGGGUACACGGUAUAAUAAAAUGAUUAGUCCGUAAAC